AUGGCAAUCCAGCUGCAAUGGGGCCUUGAGCAGAUGGGAUUUUCAGGAUUAAGAGCCGCAAGAGACCUUAUACACGCGGCUUCUACCGACAACAUCCAGGCAAAGGCUAUCCAAGCAUGUGAAGGGUUUGGCGCUACAUUGGCCAUAUGCCCGGAGACACGUCGCAAAAUUGAGCUUACUGUGGUUCCAACACCACCCUCUAUUCCUGUCAGCUUUUUCAAUAGCUUUAUCGGAUACUCACCUGGCGACUGUAUAUCUCAACUCAGCAAGAGCCUGGCUGGUUUACAAUUCCUAGGGUUGGCAGCAGCACUUAUCACAACAAUACCCAUGUCUCAAGCGGGAGACCUUGUGUCAGCAAUGCUUGCCAAUUCUGCCUCAGAUAAGACACUUGUGCCUUCACGCAGGCAGACUAUCGAUCUCCUAAAAAGCAUAGAAGGCAGAUGUUAUCAUGCUGGAUUCGCUGAAGAUUGUGUGGGCUGGGAACUGCUAUUACGGAAGACAAUAGGGCAGGCGCCGAGCCGCAAUCUCGGCCCUAAUUCCACUUCUGCUCUACCAGCGAUUGAUGGAGUUGAGAGCUUAGUGGAUGCCUUUCGCCAGCUUCACCGCGUAGGGGAAACCCACAUUACCAGAUUGACUAUUCAAACCUCUUCAGCUGCUCCGUGGACCAUCGCCUUUGUCAAAUGGUGCUUGGGGCGACCUCCAUCGGUCGUGCUAGAGGAUGGCACAUGCAUUUUAAGCCAAGAGGAAUCCUUGGUCGAGGUACUUGUGUCGCAAGAUGAUCCAUCCAUCUUCCAAGUCCACCUCCACAGUUCAAUACCAAGCCUAUCGACGCUGAUAGAAACCAAAGUGAGCCAUGAAACUGUUGGUAUGGUACGAGUUUCGUGCUUUGGAAAGCUACUGCUGCGUGGGCUUAGAGGUGGUGAUUUUGCUACAAAAGUCCUUGCUCAACUAGUUCCAUUAUGCGUACGUCAGAUUACCCAGCAUCUGGUCGUCUUGGGAGACAACAUGGCAUUUGGAAAUGCAGCCAUACCGCAGCAAGCGGAAGAGUUUCACAUUGUAGAUGUCGACCUUCACAAGCAGAGACUUUCACCUUUUCCCGACGAAGAAGUGAUCAUAGAAGCUUGCGAGGAUCUCCUGAGCCAGAAGUACCCCCGGAAUUCUCUACAGCUAGCAGAUGGGCUCACUGUCUUCGACUUGCCACUUGUGAAGCAGCACAUGGACAAUCUUCAAGCCGAAUGCCCUUGCGCUGAAUGUUCCGGAGAAUCAGACUCCAACCUGUCAUGUUUGGAAGAUAGCUUCGUCAACAUCAUCACCGGUAUCUUAGCUGCAGCAUUUCUGAUUUCUCUAUUUGACCACCGUGAGAGUAUUCUCCUCAGAGCUACAAACACCACUUCCUUGCAUUUCAACAAUGCUUUUUCUCAUGCUAUUAAAGGCAUUCUUGUUAAUAGUUCAGCAUUUUCUUGUGGAGUGUCCGAGAUCCUUCGCGGGGCUUUGUGGCUUAUAAGGCACGAUGAAGUCGCACAGGAGAACUGGCUCAUGUCAUGCAACAAGGAUCAAGCGGUAUGGCCACUGGUCUAUGAUACUAUGUCAUUCUCUAAGAAUGGAUAUUUGCGCCUCCUUUGGUUACCGGGAAAAUUACACUUCCAAAACGACACAUAUAAUUUAGUCACUAGCAAGGUGAAACGGUACGCAAAGCGAGGUAGACAACCUAAGAAGACCAUCAAGGCCAGGCUCGUCUCCGAGCCUUGCAAUCUCUUCUCGGAUGUAACAUGCCACUGGAAAGUGACACCUGAAGAAAACCAUUUGGAAGCGUCCAUCCUCAUCAAUGACUCGUCGGGCAAGUAUAACAGUCCUUGGAUGUUCGCAAGUCCUCACCGAGCGAUAUCUAGUAUCGCCAACGCACUAUUAGUCGAAAGCUGUCGUCACGAUCGAGAUGCACAUCUGAAAGCGCCAGAUCCCUUCUGCGUGCUUCUCAACCCCUUUUCUGGCUCUGGGGGGCUCCCCAACGUGGAUUCUGCACAUGAAGUUGACGAAAGUUCCGUCUCUGGGCUGGUUAAGGUCAUAGCGGUUGACGGUAGCGAAAAACUCCGCAUUGCUGCGCUUGGUAUGGAGCGUGCCUCUGACCCAGUGGUUCUUCGUGGAAACGCCUGCUUGGACUGCUGCAUCAGGGCUUGUCGACUGGCUGGGUUCUCGAUCCUUGUUUUAUGA